AUGCUGCUUGCCAUCAGUUUGCCGACAGAAGGAAAACGCCUAACCUUGGUGCCGCUUAAUGCCACCGAAGUAUAUCGCAUACUGCGUGAAAUUGGUCGUGAGGAUGCGGUACCAGAGGGCCGAGUGGUAACACAAGGAAUAGCUGCGGUGUCCGGUUUCGCUGCCGGUUUGGCCAAAGGUAUUGGUGGUGCUUUGCUGGUGGACCUCGCAGCUAAUUACUUGGCUUCAACGAAUGCACCUCCAAGCUCACAGCCAGAAGAACCAGAAGAAAUCUGUUUCGAUAGCCGCAGUAUAAAUGAUGUUUAUGAGGAUGACGGUACGCCAGAGGGUAGACAAAACGAUAACUCAUUAACGGACGUAGGAACACGUGCGGAUUAUUAUGCUGAUAAUAACAAUGAAAACGAUGAAUAUGGUGGUGGUGAAAAUGAAGAUACUCAGACUGAAAUAGAAACGCGUACAGGAUCGGGAUCGGCGGUAAAUUGCAUAAGAAUCGUUAAGAGUUGA